GCCAUCCACAAACUCGAUUUUCCUGCAUUCGACUGGCCCAUUGCGCAUUUCCCCGAAUACAAAUACCCUCUGAAGGAAAACAUCCGUGAGAACCAAAAAGAAGACGAAAAAUGUUUAGCCGAAGUAGAGGAUCUGAUGGAAACCUACAAGAAGAAAAACUGCCCCGUCGCGGGGGUGAUAGUUGAACCGAUUCAGUCAGAAGGAGGUGACAACCAUGCUUCUCCCGAGUUUUUCCAGUGCUUGCAGAAGAUCUGCAAGAAACAUUGCGCCGCUUUGAUCAUCGACGAGGUUCAAACCGGAUGCGGGUCCACCGGGAAGAUGUGGUGCCACGAACACUUCAAUUUGGAGACACCUCCGGAUAUAGUGACGUUCAGUAAGAAAAUGCAAAUGGCUGGAUACUUCCACUCCAAAGAAAUGUCGUGA